AUGACUGCGCCGUCUUCAGCACCGAAACAGACAAUCAGCCUUGAGGAAUGGGAGGGCAAAAUGGCAGAGGUUCCAAUAGCCAAAAGUGACCUCAACCAGCUCAUCAUGAACUACCUUGUUAUUGAGGGCUACAAGGAUGCAGCCGAAAAGUUCAGCGAGGAAAGCGGUCUGCACACGCAGAUGGAUCUUGGGUCGAUGGACGAGCGGAUGCAGAUCCGGUUUGCGAUCCAAAACGGAGAUAUUCAGGGGGCGAUUGAGCGGAUCAACGACCUGAACCCGGACCUCUUGGACAUUGACCCGCACCUAUACUUCCACCUGCAGCAGCAGCAGCUCAUUGAGCUCAUUCGCUCGGGCCGGGCGGCAGAAGCAUUGGAGUUUGCACAGGAGGAGUUGGCGCCGCACGGGGAGGAGCAUCCGGAGCUUCUGCGUGAGCUAGAGAAAACCAUGGCGCUGCUGGCGUUUGAUGUUGGCGCGGUGGGGCAGGAGGGCGCCAGGGAGUUGCUGGAUUUCAGGCAGCGAGUGAGGACGGCGAACGAGCUGAAUCGCGCGCUGCUGGCUGCCAGUAGCUUGCCGAGGGAGCCCAAGCUGCCCAAGCUGCUGAUGCUGCUGGAGUGGUCGCAGGCCCAGCUGGACGAGAAGGCGAGGUAUCCGAGGAUAGGCAAUCUUCUGGACGCUAGGUUGGAGAUUGAGGCAGGGGGGGCGUGGGCGUGGGCUCGGCGGAAGGCAGCGCGCCGUCGUCGUCGUCGGCGACGUUUUCGUCGGUGCCACCGCCGAUGA